AUGGAGCAGAUUACAUUCCGACACGAAUUGAAGAAGUUAUUAAUGUUCUUACUCAUGUAUUUCCAAUUUUCUUUUUUUCUUAUUAUUCAUUCCAAAUAUGGAAUGACACCAAAGAUUGUGAAUAAUUUUUUUGAAAAAUUUACAGUCAUUACUUAUGGAAUUGGAAUGAAUAUCUUGUUUGGAGUAUCGUCAACGUAUCAUUGGAUGUGUUUGUGGUUUGGAAGAAAUGACAGCAAGUCGCAAUUAUUUCGAAUUUUUGAUCAUGCAACAAUUUAUUUAUUUAUUGCUUGUAGUUAUACACCUUGGUUGGCAUUGGUUGAAUUUGGAAGAGGAAUUGGAGGAGUUUUGACCAUCGUGGUUUGGACAUUUUGUUUUGCUGGAUUUGUGAAAAUGUUUUUUUCAUACAAGUUUAUGAAAUUUUUACAAAAUGUCAAUAAUGUGACCAUGUUGAAUGUCAUGGGUUGGAUUGGAUGUUUGAUGGUUCCUAGUGCCUUAAUGACUCAUGUUCCUGUGGAAGCAUUUAUGUUAUUAAUUUUGGGAGGUUUCUUUUUUUCUUUUGGAUGUAUUUUUCUUGUUUUUGGAAAUGGAAGAAUUCCAUUCAGUCAUGGAAUUUGGCAUGGUUUUGUUUUUUUAGGAGUCUUGUCACAUUUUACUGCACUUUUACAACACAUGCGUAUUUAUUGA